GCUGUAAUCUCCUCUCGUCUCUCUUUUUCUUUCUUCCUCUUCCUCCUUCUCUUUCUCUUUCCCUUAUAUCUUCACAAUUCACACUGCCGAUCCUCUCCUCUCUAUCACUCGUCCUCUUUCAUUCUUUCAUUACCCUUCCCACAUAACCAAGCAUCAAACACAAAAAAGAUGUCGUCCACUCCAAUUGCAAGCAAGAUCAUCCCAAAGGCGGCUAGGGCACACCUGGACCCAGCCAAUAUCGAGUACACGUCCGAGAAGCAGAAGAACGCGGUCGCAGCCUUGGUCGAGGAGUUCACCGUCACGCCGGAACUCCUCAAGAGCAUCCAGAAGAACUUUAUGGAGGGCAUGAAGAAGGGUCUGAAGAAGGAUGGCGAGACCCUGGCGAUGAUCUCGUCCUAUGUCGUGGGUCGGCUUGAUGGCACUGAGGUGGGCUCUUAUCUGGCCUUGGACGUCGGUGGCACGAACCUGCGUGUGGUCUCUGUGCACCUCAACGGAGGCGGGGAGAUUACGACCCGCCAGACAAAGUACCGGAUCGACGAGAAGCUCAAGGUUGGCGACGCAAAGUCGUUGUUUGACUUUAUGGCCGUCUGUGUCGACUCGUUCUUGGAUGAGCACCAGAUCGUUGUCCGCGGCGACGCCCAGAUCGAGCUCGGAUUCACCUUCUCAUUCCCAGUCCUGCAGACCGCCAUCAACCGCGGUACAUUGAUCACCUGGACCAAGGGCUUCAAUGCCUCCGGUAUGGUCGGCAAGGACCCCGUCGCGCUCUUGCAAGAUGCGUUCAACAGACGCCAUACUCCUGUCCGUGUUGCUGCGUUGGUCAACGACACGGUCGGAACGCUCUUGGCUUAUGCCUACAACCAUCCCGAGACGAUCAUGGGAGUUAUUCUCGGAACUGGAUGCAACGGCGCCUACAUCGAAAAGAUCUCGAACAUUGAAAAAUGGAAGGGAAAGACCACUGCAGAUGAGAUGAUCGUCAACAUGGAGUUUGGCGCGUUCGAUAAGGAGCGCGUGAUCCUGCCCUUGACCAUGUUCGAUAACAAGAUGGACAGAAAGUCUGUCAACCCCAAUAAGCAAAUCUUUGAAAAGAUGAUUGCGGGCAUGUAUCUUGGCGAGAUCACGCGCAACAUCCUGCUCAACCUGAUCGACCGUCGCCUGUUGUUCGAGGGCAACGUCAGUGCGGACCUGAACCAGAUGUGGACAUUCGAGACCGCGUACAUGUCGUCGAUCGAGGCUGACCACUCUCCCACGCUUCACGAGACCCGCAAGAUCCUCGAGAGCACACUCAGCUUCCCCUCGACGACGCUGAAUGAUCGCCAGAUCGUCAAGACGGUGGUUGAGCUGGUCGGCAAGCGUGCGGCCCGUUUGAGUGCUGCGGCCCUGGCAGGUAUUUUGGAGCACACAGGAGCAUGGAAACACAAGUCUGCGAUCGGUAUCGACGGCAGUUUGUUUGAGUACUACCCGAGCUUUGAUACGGACAUUAUGGAUGGAUUGGAGGAAGUCUUUGGAGAGGAGGUGCGUAAGAACGUCUCCUUGGGACUUGCACAGGACGGAAGUGGCGUUGGUGCGGGUCUUUGUGCGCUGUUGGCGGCCAAGAACUCUGCGACCAAGGACGCAUAGAGGGGAGCGGCGUGCUUUUGAGGUAGGAAAGAGGGGGGAAAAAUGGUACCACCUAGGACCGUUUAUUUUAAUUUGUCUGUAGAAACUGAUGAGGGGAGGAGCGAGGCACAGGACAACAGUGGUCUCUCUCUCUCUCUCUCUCUCUCUCUCUCUCACAUCUCUUUCUGCUUCGUUAGCUUUGCGUUGAGCUUUGUACAUACAUCUGUCC